AUCGGAACAAAGGAGAGGCAACCGUAGCUCCACCUCUCUCUCCCCCCAUGCCUCCCCUGAGUUUUUUUUUAGAUGUAUAAUCCCUGAGUUGACCCAGAAAAUAGGCAGUUGUUUCAAGAUCUGAUGCGGCAAUCUGUGCAUCGGCCCUGCUUGAGCAUGAAGCGCAACCCUGUGGAAUACAUACUGUAAUCUGGAGACACUUCGCUUUGCAGUGCAAAACUCAAAUAAAACGUAGCAGUAGCAAAAUCCCUGAAUUUUAAUCCGAGUAGAUACGGGAGCCAUGGCAGAUCAUCUAAUGAUGCCCAUGAACCACAGCUCUGUGGGUGGGGGCCUCCACGGCUACAGAAUGGGCAUGAACGGAGGCCUGCAGGCAGGCCACCAGCAGCACGUGGUGCCUCAGCCUGGCCUCCGAGCCCUGCCCAAUGGCCAGAUGAUGCACUACGGCGGGGGACCUCAGCAGCAGGCCACCAUGGAGGUGGCCAUGAGGCAGCGGCAAGGCAUGGUGGGGCCCGUGAACGGACAGCUCAACGGGGCUCAGAUGGGCCACCACCAAAUGACGUCUGGUAACAUAAUGUACAACAACGGGCAGGCCCAGCAGCAACACCACCCCCAGCACCAUCACAUGAGCCAGCAACAGCAGGCCCAGCAGCACCCACAGCAACAACAGCAGUAUAUGAAUGGUGGUCUCACGUCCCAGCAGCUCAUGGCCAGCAUGCAUCUGCAAAAACUCAACACCCAGUAUCACGGACAUCCACUGGGGCCCAUGAACAGCAACCACAUGGGCAACGGGGCAGCCCAGUACCGCAUUGGCCCGGCCCAGCUGGCUAACAUGCAGCAGAUGGCUGGGCCGGCACUAGCCUUGAACGGCAUGGACGCAGACAUGAUUGACGAGGAGGUUUUGACGUCCCUGGUCAUGGAGCUGGGCCUGGACCGCAUUCAGGAGCUGCCCGAACUCUUCCUGGGCCAGAACGAGUUUGACUUCAUCUCAGACUUUGUGAGCAAACAGCUGCCCAGCACCGUCAGCUGCUGAGUGAGAGAGGACCUGAGUCAAUGAUGCUGUGAAGGGGCCUGGAGGGGUGGAAAGUUUGGAAAGACUUGAGUAGAGUGUUGCCCACUGGAGACAAUUCAGCUUUUUGUGUUGUGCCUUUCACUGUAACUGCUUGGACGCAGUGAAAGGCAGAGAAGAGUGAGCGAGAGACGCUGGUCUGGAUAACUACAGUGCUAUGGUGUCAUUUGUGAAGUGACCAGAGGUGUGGUUCUGUGUUGGGUCGCAGCUCACCUGUAUAGGGACAUCGUCCUCCCGCAUCUCUUCUCUCCAAGGAUGAAUGUAAACAAAACUGCUAAAUUUGAGAAGCCACUCUGAACAAUGUUAAGACACUUGCCUCCUACCUUGGACUCAAUGGCAAUUUAGUAGUAAGAUGUAUUUAUUUAUUACUCUCUGAGAAAUUAAUAUAGAACAAACCAGAGACUGACAGAUCUUCCAGAGAGAGGAUCAAGUGCUUUUUGUGUUUUGGGUAAGAUCAGGGGGAAGUAAAGCCCCUCAAAUUAAUUUUGGAUCUUCCAAGAGCUUGGAUUUCUCUCCAAGGAUUUCUCUCUACAAGUAGAAUGUCAUUUAAUGGAUUUGAAUGGAAGUCCAUCAUAAGUGAAUAGCUCACUUUUGGCAAGUGUUGCUUUUCACUGCGAUGUUCUCGAACCUACUGCUUGUACUGUCUAAAUCUGUGUUACUACAGGAAAGUCUAUGUAAGAUGUAGAACUGCCUUAAUUAUGCCAAUGUUAUUAUUAUUUUCUUUACUUUAUUGCUGUGUUUUUUAUCUUGACCUUUGUGGUCAAGACGGGGGGUUGUAAAAGGGUUUUGAGGAUCAAUAAAAAUGGCCUGGAUAUAA